AUGACGCACCGAUCGGCAACGACGCUCAUUGUCCUCCUUCUCUCCAUCUCCUGCGCUGCCUGGGCGUCUGAGACUUCAGCCACUGCAGAUGCCAAGGCCGUCAGCGCUCUGAACAGCAACGACGCAUCUGCUGCAGCCCAGGCUAUUGCCUCGGCUGGUUCCUCUGGCAACACCCAAGCAGCUGCUCAGGCCAUUGCACAGGCCUACAGCACAGCUGGCCAGCCAUCUGACCUGUCCUCCCCAUUCGCGCAAGUCAGCGCCGAUGCACUCGCAAAGACAGCUGCCACCGACAACGAUGCUGCUGCCAAGACCAUCAGUGAGGCUGCUGCUGAGGGCGGUCAGGCUGCAGAUGCCAUCUCCGUCGCUACAGCAAAGGCCCUCAGCUUCGGUGGGGCUGACCAGCAGACAGCAUUCGCUCAAGCCCUCGCUGCUGCCAUCGCACUGAAAGGCUGCGACACUCUCAAGCCCGUCAUCGCAAAGGCGCAAGCCAUUGCUUCAGCCCAGGGCCAGACAGCAGCCAGCGCCUUCGCUUCAGCCACCGCAGCCGUCCCGGACGUCCAGCAGUGCCUGACGGGCCAGCCGGCCGGUGGCGCAUCUUUGGCAACCGCCCAGGCAGCCACGCUCUCCAAGUCCAAGUCCAACGCCGAUGGCGCGUCGACGGCCGCCGCCCAAGCCGUCGCCAAGGCAACUUCCUCCGACCCUGCAGCUGCCGCUCAGGCCGCCGCGCAAGCCCAGAGUAGCAGCACCAACGCUGCCAACAGUGCAGCCCAGGCGCAGAGCACCGCGCAGGCCAAUGGCAACCAGGCAGCGGCCGUUGCCAAGAGCAGCAGUGACGCAGCAGCCCAGUCAUCUGCCGAUGCGGCGGCAAAGGCGCAGUCGGCGAGCGCGGAUCCGUCCCAGGCCGGAGCAGUUGCACAGGCCGCCGCGCAGGCGAAGAGCCAGGCCGAUCAGGCAUCCCAGGCCGCGGCGAAGGCUCAGGCCGCAUCCUCCUCCAACGGUGGCUCCUCCAACGCUCAGGCAUCCGCCCAGGCCACCGCGCUCUCAGGUUUGCAGAGCGGAGACACUAACGCUGUGGCGCAGGCAUUUGCGGCAGCCAAGUCCUCCAGUGAUGCUCAGGGCGUCGCCUCCGCCCUGUCACAGGCCUACUCCCAGGCCGGCACUCAGGACCUGAACUCGCCAUUGGCUCAGACCAGCGCCACCGCCAUCGCCCAGGCAGCAGCCAGCAACCAGAACGCUGUCGCACAGGCAGCAGCCCAGGCAGCUGCACAGGGCGGCUCUGCCAGCGAUGCGUUUGCGCUGGCGGCUGCCAAGGCGCUGAGCCAGGGAGGCAGCGGAGCGUCGGCCGUCGCGCAGGCCAUCUCACAGGCCAUCGCUCAGGGCGGCUGCUCUUCACUGCAGCCCACCCUUGCCAAGGCACAGUCCCUGGCCCAAGCUUCCGGUGGUGCCACCUCCAGUGCCUUUGCAUCUGCUGUCGCUUCCUCCAGCGCCGUGCAGAACUGCCUGGGAGGCCAGUCACAGGCCACUGCUGUUGCCAAGUCCCAGGCAGUCUCCUCUGGGGGACCAUCUGCGAAUGCUUCUGCCCAGGCGGUUGCUGGCAGUUCUGGCCGCAAGAUGCUGUCUGCCUGA